CAAUUAAUUAAUUCUGAAAAUAUCCUUGGAUGGUAAGCAAACGACUUCUCAGGUUAUGGUGGUGGAGCAGUUGCACAUUUCAUUGGCAUAUAUAGCCAUCGACUCUUCAGCCUCAUCAAAUCCCGCAAAAUUACCGUUUCCAGCUGAGAAUCUAGCUCCGCCUCCAUGUCGAUGACGGAUUCCUUCUUCAAACAGCGAUUCAACGCCGCCAAAUGUAAAACUUUGCUGAAACUCACGAUUCCUCGGAUUAAGUUACUGAGGAAUCGGAGAGAGGCUCAGCUGAAGCAGAUGAGGAAGGAAAUUGCCAAGCUGCUUGAAACCGGUCAAGAGGCCACUGCUCGAAUUCGGGUAGAGCAUAUCAUAAGAGAAGAGAAGAUGAUGGCUGCACAAGAAAUAGUUGAGCUCUUUUGUGAGCUCAUUGCUGUUCGUCUUCCAAUAAUUGAAGCACAAAGGGAAUGCCCUCUAGACUUGAAGGAGGCGAUUUCUAGUGUAUGCUUUGCAGCACCUAGGUGUGCAGAUCUGCCGGAGUUGCUACAGGCACAACAAUUGUUUACAGGAAAAUAUGGCAAAGAAUUCGUAAUUGCUGCAACUGAGCUUAUGCCCGAAUGUGGUGUCAAUCGCCAGUUGGUGGAGCUUUUAUCAAUUCGAGCUCCUGCACCCGAUGUAAAACUUAACCUUCUAAAGGAAAUUGCCAAAGAGCAUCAGCUCGAUUGGGAUCCUAGUGCUACCGAAAAUGAACUGUUAAAGCCACAUGAAGAUUUACUGAAUGGGCCAUCGCAGUUCGUUAGUGCUUCAAAAGUGCCCCUUCCAAAAGAGAAGCACGAUGAGACAACACACACUGCACCAGAACCUGCCACCCACGAACAAUCUGACUCGGAUUCAGAUUUUGACAUAGUAGAUUUUCCAGAAGUUCCAGUGCAACCGUUGCAGGCAAAUAAGGCCGCUGUCUCAACACCAGUCAUGCUGCAUUUCCCGGAAUCUGCACUAUCAGACGAUGAUCAAGAAGUAGCAGACAAACCAGAGUCUGGCAAUGUGAGUCAGGAGGAAUCAGUUGCAAAGGAAGAUGCACCACUGAAUAUCCAAACAGGUGCUACAGAAGCUAAGCAGUUCGUGCCAUUCAUAUCCCCUCCAACUCAAUCAUCAGAAACUGUUCCUGCAACCGUGAGAGAGAGCAGUUCACCUCCAGCUAUAAAGAUGUUCGAUGAUCACGUGAAUUUUCAAGUUGUACUUGCUGCUGCUAGGGACGCUGCUGAAUCAGCCAAGCAUGCUGCAGCAUCUGCACGUUCAGCUGCUGAAUCUGCCGAGCAUGCUGCAGUAUCUGCACGUUCAGCUGCUGAAUCAGCCGAGCAUGCUGCAGCAUCUGCACAUUCACAUGCUGCAGCAGCUGCACUCUCAGCUGCUGAAUCAGCCGAGCAUGCUGCAGCAGCUGCACGUUCAGCUGCUGACAUUGCUCAGAUCCAGAUAAGCGAGCUUUCCAAGAGAGGGAGCAACGAGUUCUCAGCUCCUCAACAUCAUAACAACACCAACACCUCGAAUGGUGGUGAUUUUGGCUGUGCUUCAACAUCCCCAAACCAAACUGAUACCUGUCAAAACACCUCGAGUCAGCAGCUAACGCCUGUUUCGUCAUUUAAUUCCUCUCCACCAUGCGACAAUGCUCUUCACCUACCUCAGAGACUUCCGUCAAUGGAUGAUGAACCAUAUUUUUCCUACCCAAACUUGUUCACGUCGCAAGGCCCGAACGUCAGUGCUAAUUCGCAAUCGCCUAGAGAGUCCAAGUGAGUAACCUUUGCUUAACUUUGAUGUGUAUUCAUCUGGACAUAGCUUCUUAAACAUGCAUAUCUCUUAUUUGGGAUCGAAAGAACAAGCGUUGUUUCUACAUGUUACGAAAAACUAUAUUGUAAAUUUGAGCUUUUUUCUUUUAGUUCAUGGUGUUUAUGCUAUAA